GAAGUUGUCGCCGUCAGUUUGCGCAUAUUUUUACUCGAAGAUGGUUGGACUGUGGUUGCUGUUGUUAACUGCGCUGUUGGCCAAAUCGUUGGCUGUUGACUUUGACUAUAAACUGCCCAGAGCCGUGCUCGAACGUUUGAAUAGUUCCAGCGCCCAAUUUGAUGCUUGGACUCGGGAACUGAGUGCGAGUCUCAGUGCGGAGCAUCAGCGGCGCGUGGCUUGGAAUGUGCCAUUCAUUGGGACACCUCGAAGUCAACUCGAAUUGCGUCGACUGCAGCAGAAACUUAAUCCCAGCAAUCCUCUAAAGCUGCGCCUGUGGAUCAGCUACUAUUGGCAGCUGCGACGGUCUCAGCUGCUGAACAGUGACAACAUGUUGCUAACGCACUUUGUGCUGACACUGAGGCAAUUGCUCCUAGGGGAUUCGACGCAACUGGAGAACAGUCAGUUGCAGAAUAUGUUGCAGAGCUUGCCGCCCUUUCUAGCCACAUUGGUGAGAAGUCGUUGGCUGUGCCUGAAGCACAUAGGGCAACAGUUGUUCCUGCAGCCAGGAGAUGCAUUGCAGCUGGGAGUCAGCAGCAACUGCAGUAUGUGGCAAGUGCAACAACACGCGGAGCACUGGCUGCGUCUGCAGAAUGCUUGCGAGCAACACUCGAUGUGGUUCAUCAACAUGCUGCACACACACCUACAGAGCAGGACUUACAUGUUGCUGACGUCAGCCAGCGACAAUGCGAGUCGAUUUUGCGUGGGACAACAAGGAGUUGGUUACUUGGAGCAUGCGGAUGGCUGGCAAAAGGAUUGCCAAUGGCGGCUCAAUGAUUGCACUCAGUUGCCGCAGUUCCUCAACAUAGUAGAUAAUGGAUUUGCCUAGAAAUAUAUAUGGAAGAGAGCUGUGAA